CUGCUAGCGCUCAGAGGUUCAAGAAAACUCGGCACGGCUAUCACAGGGCAGUGAGGUUGCAUGCUUAAAUUUUGUUUGCGGAGCAGUCUCCAUUAUGGGUUCAGACACUCAGAGAGUCGCUGUGUUUGUUAUUAUGGUAUUUCUUCUUUUAGUUAACUCAUGGCUGUUUUUGCAGUUUAGUUUGAGCUAGAACCCGUAAGGUAUUUUUGUGUUUUAAGAGCUGUUGACUUAAAUUUUUUUCUCUCCUUUUCAAUUUUUAUUUUAUUUUAUUUUUUUUGCAUUCCAUGUGUAAUUUUAUACUUGUAAGCAAGUGCUUGUAAGUAUAAACAACAUUUUGUGGAGAGAUUAUGCUUUUAUUGUGAACUUGAACAGGAAGUGUAAUUUAAUCUUUCACGUCUUUACAUUUUCUCAGCACUUUUGUCAUGUUUACGUCGGUGUAAACAGUUUAGCGCAUGCUAAAUGAUGGUACAUCAUUUGACAUUUUAAUGGUCUGUCCGAAGCAUUUAUUUAAGUUAUCCCGGACAGUAAUGAAACAAUAGCGUCCUUUAGAGACAAAAAUUAAAAGACUGACGUCACAGCAACGCCAGUCACUUUUUUGAGCGUCCUUUAUUGACCCUUAGAAAACAAGUGGAUAAUGGGUAAAUACUGACAGCGGUAAACAAGGGAGCAGGUGCGUGUGGAGCCUCUUAACGUCUCCGACGUCGCUCUGUCAGCCUCUAUGUAUGGCAAGCCGUUAGAAUCAAUAAUACCCCGCAUAUUAACGUGUUGUAAAUAGCCGGUUGCGACGUUUUUUCUCCCCGCCAGGUUGAGUAUCUCAACAGCUUGCCGUGCUUGCAAAGGUGUUAGCGGGGUGAGGCGAUGCGUGGGUCAGCUAGUGGCUCUUGGAGGUGAACAUUUGGUUCAGUAACCGGGGUUAAUUCGGUGCCCCCUCCGCCGCCACGCCUCCCCGGAGACAACGGCCGACCUUGAGGACUCGGUCAUGGACCUGACGCGACUGGCUGUGGAUGCUGGCCAGUUCAUUAACCGAGCUGUUCAGUACACCGGAGAGAGCCUCGGCCAGGCGGAUAAGACCGGGCUGGACCCCGGGCUGGAGGGACUCCUGGCUCAGGCGGACGCCACCAAGACCUGGACGGACUCAAUCAUUUCUCAAACCGAGGUGCUACUGCAACCUAGUCUAGGAGCUCGAUUAGAGGACCGGCUGUACGAGCAUCUGGAAUGGAGCGCCCCGCCUCGACCCCGAGCGCACGAGUUACUGGGGGAUCAAAUGACCCAGGCUGGGCUGGAGGUCGGAUCGAACACACCCUACGGAACAGCUCUGAUAAGGUUCGGCGAGGCCCAGAAGCAGCUGGGAGAAGCCGAGAGGAAGUUUGCAGAAUGCACAAACAUUCACUUUCUCACCCCGCUGAAGAGUUUCACAGAGGGUGAAUACAGAGCCAUCCAGAAUGAGCGUAAGAUGUUGGUGAACAAGCGUUUGGACUUGGACGUAGCCAAGACCAGGCUGAGGAAAGCCCAUGAAGCAGACAGAGAGGCCAGGAACCUGAAUGCGAACCCGUUGGAUGACGACUACAUGUCUCACGUUUCUUACAUGUUCAGCUUCCUGCGUGUUAAAUGGCUUAAGAUAUGGGCUCAGGAAAUCUCUCAGGCCGAGAUGGAGUUGAGGAUCUGUCAGAGUCUUUUCGAUCGGCAAUCAGAAAUCACAAGACGGGCUCUCGAAGGCAUCAGCAGCACUCACAUCGACCACAUGCGGAGCCUUGCGGACUUUGUGGAUGGUCAGGCGUCAUUUUUCGCUCAGGGCAACCAACACGCUCAGGAACUGCAGAGACAGAUGUCCAGGAUUCCAGCUGUCUUUUGCUCUAAUAACUGGCAAUCAGCGGUUAAUAACGAGCCACCAAUCAGCAGCCAUGUUGCCGGUGAACCUGUCGGGUUGGAUCAGGUCGCUCCGGUUUCCAAAGCAGCUCGCCAGCUGCCAGACUUUGACCAGGACUCGUGGACACUUGCCGUCAAUCCUAAAACUGAAACAGAUCUCUUUUCAUCUGAUCACGCAAACAACAAUAACAACAACAACAACAGUGGCGCCUUCGGUACUCCCGGCCAAUCAAGCGGUCACCAAGCAGCUGUUAAAAAUCAACUAUUUACAGACCAAACAUUCGAUCUCGUAUUUACAUCCAACCAAUCAGAUGAGCUUCCUUCACCCAGCAGGACAAAUCAGGGAACAAACAGUUUGCCUUCUGCUGCGAGAGACUCUACCCGGACUUCCAAUGCAACUUUUACCAACGGUGCCGCAACAGCGGUCGCGUUGCCUCCUCAAAGAAGUGCGAUCCGAAACGAGACUCAGACGGGAGACGCCGAAGCUACUGACAUCACAGCAUCCACUGAUGUGGUUCCUGAUUCCCAAACAACCAAUGAAACUCAUGAGCGGCCAGUCACCAACGGAGAAGAUGUCUAGUCGGUGGUUGUGACAAUUUAGAGCACUUCACAUUUGGUUCUCACAAUAUCUGGAGCUACUGCUCUAUUUAGAUGACUCAAACAUUAGUUGUGCCAAGCCGGAUUAAUUAUCCUCAUGGAGACUCCAUAGUAAUUGUAAGAGUGAUUGUUUUAGAGGGCUCAUGUUGUCAUUUUUUACAACUUGUUUUUUCUUCUCGGUUGCGUUUUGGAUAGUUGCAUUCAUUUCAAUGUCAAAGAAAACGAGCAAAAAGCGGCUGGAUUUGCCAGAAGGUGAUGAUGUUGCGGAGGAAACACAUAAUUGACACAUAUGCAACCCAAGAAGAUCAGAGUGACACCAAAGUCUUCAUCUAGAAUGCGAAUUCGUAAAGUAAAGAUUUAUGAACUUUGCUUUAUGGAAAGCAAAGUGAUUUGCCAGUGAGGAGAUGGAAGCCAGCAGAAAUAUUGCCCAGAGAGUAUUCGCUUGAAGACCUAACUAACCGGCUCCUUACUCCAAGAUUUAAAAGUGCUCUGCAGCAAGCGCAUACAUUUCUGCUCCAGCUUUGACCAACAUUGUCACUAUGAUGCAAAUGGGUGUCAGCAAUUACACAUUUCACAACUGUGUCGACAGCUUUAUAGUGGUUGCGUAAAAAAUUAGAGGUAAUGAAUGAAAUUAGCCACAGAGGCUAAUUAUGUGGUUUUCUACACAUAAUUAGCACUGUUUUAAAGGGGGCUUCCCAUCUGUCAUGAAACUAAAACUCUAAGUCUAGUUAUCUUACAAGAUGUGUGGUCAUAAAAAGUCACUUUAAUCCAGUUCAACAAAUGGCGGCUGAAGGGGAAGUUUAAAAUGCUGACACAGAAUCUGUCAUUCAUUUGGCUCAGCCACGGAGAAAAGUUGCUGCUCUGAAUAAUUUUUGUGGAGAACAUAGAGGGAAUUUAAUAAGAUUAGAGACAUCAGCAAAACAUUUCAUGCUUUCAUCUGUGGUAACAUCUGAGAUAAAAAAAAAAACUCUUUGUUGCGUGAGAAACUUUGUGCUCACAAACGACAGCUGCUGUCGCCAUGAUGGUCAGCCUAAUGAUUCUACUAGAGCCAUCUCUGGUUGGGACAGCUCUAUUAGAGAUAGUGAAACCUCACACAGUUUCAGUAUUUUUUUAUGCAAUUAUAAGUGCGUAACCAUUUCAGACACGUGUGGUUUCAAAGGCUUUUGUUGUCCAAAAAUGUAAUCUUUUAAUUAUCCGUUUUGACGAGCAACAGAGAAGCUGAUGAUCAUUUUCGUAUAUUUAACCACGUUAAGAUUUUGAGCCUUUCUUGCUCUUAAGUUGAUAUUUGCCCUUUAACCUUGAUUUAGUGCCAGAAUAAAUGAAUUUAAAUGUAGCCAUAUAUAAUAGAUGUUUCAUAUUUAAGAGACAAAAAAAAAAAACUGGUUUGACUGUUACAGAUGUUCAGUGUAAAGUGGGAACUAAGUCUGUAUUUUCACAAUCAUCAAACGUAUCAAGUGUUGUGCCAAUUGUGCAAGUGUGUAAAUGUUGUAGAGAUCUUUAAGAAGAGCUACUUAUGUCUCUUCUUUACUCGUGUUUCUCUGAGGUGAGAUGCUUCUUUACACACAAACUCUGUUCUUUCUUCAUAUGUUGCCCAGUCAUUUCUUUUCACUUUAAUUUUCUUAAAGCACCUUUUAUUGUGAAAUGGAUGAAAGUUUCCAUAUCCAGAUGUUGACUUUCUUCUGCUUUUCUGUUUUGUUUGGCCAAUUUCGGGGACCCUGAAACGGAGGUGCUGAUGUAAUCUCCUACACAAAAAGCAACACUCUUAUAUGUUCGGGGCUGGAUGGCAAUAAAAUUUCUCCUCUGAUGUC